UGAAAAUCGAAUUAUUUUCAGAUUCAAGCGAUUCGAUAACAAAUUCAUCAGACCGUACUUGGUGAGGAAUCAUCAAGGAGCCGAACCGAAGAUUCUAGAGACAUACUCGAAGUUGGCGAUGAGGGAUGCUAUGGACUACAUGAGGAGGAACGCUUCCACGAUAGGAAACAUCUCUGGAACUGAGAGCAUGUCGACGAUCUUCAGGAACUACACGGCGGGCAACCUGAAUGGCAGCGCGAGCUUCAGCCAACUGGAUUCGAGCACUUGGAACAUAGAUAUGCAAGAGUUGGAGUACAACCCUUCGAAGAAGGAUUUGACCGACGCGAAGAUCCACCAUCUGCUGGCCGAAGAACUGUGCAAACCCUACAGGAGGGUGAGUCUCCUAUCCGAUCGGAAUCAUCGGAGAUUGAGCUACAGCCGACACGCCGUCAACGAUCGAGACCUUUCCAAUCAAGUCAAUUACAAGAUGCAACUGAACUUCAGGCGUCUCGUAGCGGAUAAGAAGCAUCAUCACAAGAGGCACAGCAAGAAACUGAACAAGGUAAAGACAUCAGUUAUUAAAGUCCAACAUCUUAAUAUUAAUGCUAACGAAAAGGUUGUUUUACGCCCCGAAGUGGUUCAUACUUCUCCUUUAACCACCUACAAAUUAACACUAUUAACAUAGAGUUUGCAAUACCUGUUUUUCGUUGGCUGUCCCAAAAA